AUGUCGAGCCUGAAUAAGCUCGCCAUCCGGGGCAUCCGCUCCUUUGACGACAAAAGUAUUGCCGUCAUUGAAUUCUUCUCGCCUGUCACUGUCAUCGUCGGGCAUAAUGGAUCGGGGAAGACGACAGUCAUCGAGUGCUUAAAGUACGCCAGCACGGGCGACCAGCCACCCGGAACACGUGGAGGCGCGUUUGUUCACGACCCAAAGAUUGCGAACGAGAAGGAGGUUAAGGCGCAGGUCAAGCUGCGAUUCGUCGCGGCGAACGGCAACAAAAUGCUGGCCGUACGCAACCUGAGUGUGACGGUGAAGAAGAACGGGGCCAUGACGAUGAAGACCCUCGAGAGCAUUCUUGGGCUGGCAGACGCGAAUAUGGAGAAGGGCGGGAAGCGAGGAGUCAUUUCAACAAAGUGCGCGGAAAUGGACAGCGAAAUCCCGCAUCUGCUCGGUGUCUCCCGCGCCGUUCUCGACAACGUCAUCUUCUGCCAUCAAGAAGACUCGUAUUGGCCUCUGUCUGAGCCCGCAACGCUGAAGAAGAAGUUCGACGACAUCUUCGAGGCAACAAAGUACACCAAAGCCCUUGAUAACAUCAAGAGUCUUCGCAAAGACCGUGUCGCGGAUCUCAAAGUCGAGAAGGAGCGUCUUGAAGGUCUCGCCCGUGAGAAGCGCCAUGCAGACAAGUUACGGUCCAAUGCGGCCGACUUGACGGCGAACAUCGCGAGCAAGCAGGUUGAACUCGACGAGACGCAGCGGAAGCAUGCCGAGAUUACGCUCAGCAAUAAGCGCUUCCUCGACCAGGCAACGCACUUCCGUGAGAUAUACAUUCGUGCGGAGACAGCGGCCAAGACCAAGGACAAGUUGGAGGAUGACUUGAAGGAGGCGUUGAGCACGAUCAAGGAGGUCGACGAAACGGACGAGCAACUGCAAAGCCACAUCACGAACUUCAACGCACACAUCGCCAGUCAGAAACGUGGCAAGCGUGAACAGGAGGCUCAGGAGCAAGAUAUGCAGGCAGAGCUUAGGGCCGCGCGACGAAAACAUGUCGAGCUCACCGGAGAGCAGGGUCAGCUUGUCGCCGAGGCAAAUGCGCAGCAAGCGCGAAUUACCGAGCGUGAAGGCCUCGUACGCGCUCUGGCACAGCAGAAUGGUGUGCGCGGCUACGGCGAGAGUCAAUUAUUGGAUGAGCGUCGGGUGGCGGACUUCACGAGCGAGCUAAGCGCGAUGCAGCGAAGACAUGCCGAAGAGGUGCAACGUAUACAGUCGGAGAACCGAGCUCGAGACGUCGAAUACGGUCAAAAGAUCCGCAAAGCCCAAUCCGAGCUCGAUCAACUCAAGCACAAACGCACCGCCGCGCGCGAAAGCAUCACCAAAUGCCAACGCGAAAUCACGUCCGCCGAAGCACGAGUCGAAGCUGCGGAGAUGCUCGAGGGCGAGCUCGAGACGCAUCUUGCGGAUAUGGAGGAGAAGCGCGCGCGUAUCGAGAAGAUCAAGGCUGAGAUUGCUGCUGCGAAAUACGAUGAAAGGAUUACGGAGUUGAAUGGGAAGAUGAGGGAUCUAGAGGGGAAGAGGGACGCGUUUACGCAGGAGAUCAGGACAUUGAGUCUGCAGGCGGAUCAGAGGGCGAAGUUGGGCCUCCAUCAGAGCUCGGUCGCCGCGAAGACUCGGGAGGCGAAGAAUCUGGUGUCGCUCAAUAACGGUCGCUUCCGUAAACUCGUCGGAAAGGACGCGGAAGAGAAAACAAUGGAGCGCGAUGUAGACAGUAUUCUCGCCGAGAAAGAGAAGGCAGCUGCAGACGCCGAAGCUGAAUCUGCCCGGGCAGACCGCGACCUGCAUGCCGCAGAGAACAAGAAGAACGCGCUUCAACAGAAGCUUGAUACAGACAAAGCUCGUUUGAAGGUCGUCCAGGCGAGCGUCGCGGAAGCACUCAGCUACGACACCGGGAAGGACCAGCCUCCGGAGACGAUUGCCGAAUGCAUUGACGACGCGCAGGCUGGACUCAGCGCUGUUAAAGCGGAGGCGGAGGGUAAAGACACUGCUCUACGGCUAUGGAGAAAUGUCCUGAAGGCAUCGAAGAAGCACAACAGAUGCUCAAUUUGCGAGCGGCACACCACUGCGCAAGAGUUUCUCAUCAUUGAAAAAACUAUUGCUGCGCAACUCCAGAAGGCCGAAAUGAUGGGCGAGGACGCCCCAGAAACGACUGCUUUCUAUGAAAAUGCGCUCAAUACACUACGGGACGCUUUGCCUCUCGAGGCGGAACGAAACCGGUUGAGGGACACCGACAUACCGGCUCUUGAGCGCGAGAUCGUGGAGUUCAGUGCCAGCCUGGCGACGCUUGAGGACAAGGCGAGCAUGGCAUCGGAGAAGGUCGCGACGCUCAAGAAGGAGCUCAAGGACCUUGCGCAACUGAAGAAGGUUGCCGCGGACGUGACAAGACUGCAAGCUGAUGUCGCACAUCUCACCGACGAGAUCCAGACCAUUGAGGCAGACUUAGCGUCGACUGGUACGACAAAGACUCCGGAUGAUGUCCAACGCGAGCUGGACAACGUCUCUACCGAACUUCGCUCCAUCGACCGCGAGAAACAGACCAUCAUGAACGAGCGUGAACGCCGAAAUAAGACCAUCGUUCAGCACACCGACGAACUCCACUCUCUCGAGCUGAAGGAAAGCAAGUUGCGUAGCGGUCUCGCCGAGAAGCAGCGGCUGGUUCAGGACAUUGCUUCGAAGCGCUCCGAGAUCGAGAUGCAUACCGAGCGGAUCAAGGAGCUCGACGUGAAAGUCGAAGAAGCGCAGAGUCCCAUAGAACUGCUCGAGCGCGAGCAUGAUGAAGUCAUGCGUGAGGCGAACGAGAAGCUAUCGAACGCGCGCGAUGAGAUGCAAGCCGUCAACCUCAGCGUCCAGAAGCUCGAGGACGUGAACAAGGUCAUUGAUAAAUACGUCCGGGAGAAACGCGCUCGCAAGCUACAAGACUGCGAGAACAAGAUCAAAGCGACCGAAGAGCAAGUUUCGAAGCAAAACGAGGAGCUCGAGGCCCUCCGUAAGACCAUUGCCGACGUCGAGAAGGAGAUCAACGAGGGCGGCGCGGUGCUUGCUAACUUGCGUGAUAAUAUGCGCGUGCGCAAGUUGCGCACGGAGAUCGCGAGUAUCGAGGCGGAACUCAAUUCAAUGGAUCUGGAUGAGGCGGCAAAGGCAAAGAGGAACUUUGAGCAGAAGUUCCCAGCGGAGCAGAAGAAGGAGCAGGAUCUGGCUGCUCAGAACUCCUACAUCGGUGGUGAACUGAACUCGCUCAAGGCCCAGCUGAAGACGCUUGAGAAAGAGGCCAAGGAGUACAAGGAUAUCAACCAGAAGUAUACCGACCAGCUUGUCAAAGUCAAGAUGUCCGAUAUGGCCAACAAUGAUCUAGAGAAGUACGCGAAGGCGCUGGACAACGCUAUCAUGCAUUACCACAGCAUGAAGAUGGGCGAAGUCAACGACACGAUGCGCCAUCUGUGGAAUAAGACAUACCAGGGCACAGAUAUCGACGGUAUCAAGAUCGUGUCCGAUAGUGAGGGCAAUACGUCUGGCACCCGGAGGUCUUACAACUACAGGGUUGUCAUGACCAAGGACCAGGUUGAAAUGGACAUGCGCGGUCGUUGCUCCGCGGGUCAGAAGAUGCUGGCGUCUAUCAUCAUCCGUCUGGCACUAUCCGACUCUUUUGGUCAAAAUUGUGGUAUUCUUGCCUUAGACGAGCCUACCAACGCCCUUGAUACAGAGAAUAUCGAUGCCCUGGCGGCUAGUCUCGUCGAUAUUAUCAACGAGCGCAAGGGUCACUCCAACUUCCAGCUCAUCAUUAUUACGCACGACGAGAACUUCCUUCGAAAGCUCGGACAGGCCGAUGUCAUGGAAUAUUACUGGCGCGUGUCGAGAGAUGCGCGGCAAAAAUCCAUUAUUGAGCGACAACGCUUUGGUUGA